CAGGCUAUCAGCAGGUGGAAAACCGGCGCAGCAGCCAGCGGAUCGCGGAUCAACAAAGCACAACAACAAAAGCAGCGGAAUGUUUUCGUUACAUAAGAAUAAGAAUUCCUAGAAAGUUUUGACCCAAACCACGCGAUUGUGGAUCAUUGCAGCUAAAGCGCGUUGAGCGCCAACUUUCGUGCCAAAAUCAGCAACAAUCUCAUUCAGAAUGAUUGAAGAAGAAGAUGAUGUUGUUAUUCUUUCCGACGACGACGACGCUCCUGGACCUUCUGGUGAAGAAAACGGUAAACCUAUCAGCUCGUCCCCAAACAGUCUAAGAAAACAGCAUUCUGAUGAAGAUGAGGAUGCUAGUGAUAGCAGUGAUGACUGUUUGAAAGACUUGUGGGAAGAAGCGUUGAGAGAAGCUGAUGGUGCUUCAAAUUUGUCGGAUGAUCUCUCAAAAAGUCAAGAUAUCUCACAAAACGCUAAAAAAUUCCAUCCACUCUCAGACAGUGAUGAUGAUGAUGACCCAAAGCCAUCCUCGUCUCAGUCUACUGCUGCUACACAAGCCACCAAGAAACCUCAGAAACGAAGAGGAAAAUACACUGAUGAAGAAAAGGCUGCCAUUGAAGCUGAAAAGAAAGCUAAGAAAAGGGAAAAAGAAGAACUGAGAAGGAAGAGGCCUGCGAAUUGUUUAAAGUUCAUCAUUCUGGAGGUUGAUAAGGAUUUGGUGGAAAUCCCAACACUUAAAGAUGUGUUGAUCUACACUCCACUUGACCAAAUUCGUAGUGAAGUGAAAAGUCGCAGCGUCCCGUUUUCAAUAUGCUGGCAUAGAGAAUUGAUGCCUGAUAAAAAUGAUCAUUGUGCCCGAGAACCAACACCUUACAUGCUUCAGUUGCUUGAGAUGACCAUGAUGGAGACUCUUGUCCGGGACGGAGAACUCCUUAAUCACCUGAAAAAUAUCCUCCGAACUAACAAGAGCAUUGAAAGAUUCAACGUGAUUGUAUAUGGAAAAAAGCAGUAUUUUGCAAUACAGAAAAAAGGUGGUGGUCGAAUCACAAAAACACAGCUGGAGGAAGCUACUGCAGAAUGCCACCUUGAAUUGGGAGUUUCUUUUACUCACGCAGAGACAGCGCAGGAAGUUAGCGAAUGGAUUUACAGAUACACCAAAGCAGUUGCUAAUGAACCUUUCAAGAAAAUCAAAAACAGCUGGCAGAACAACUUUCGGUUCCAUUUGGCGUCUGAAAAGAGCAAUGGAAUUAGAGACGACUUCCCUAAUAUUUGGCUAAAGUCACUGAAAAAGUUUAAAAGAAUGCCCUUGGAGACUUGCCAGGCUAUUGCUGCUAUCUAUCCUACUCCAGCAGCUUUAAUUGAAGCCUAUGAGCAGUGUGCUGAUGGUACUGAUCCAAAACUUCUUCUUGAAGAUAUCAUGGUGCGUAAAGGCGUUGGUCCAGUAGAGACAGAAAGAAGAGUUGGUCCCGCUCUGAGCCGCAGAAUCCAUGCAGUUUUGACUUCUUCUGAUCCAGACCUGUUGAUGAAUGAUGUAGACUGAAUUUACUUAUCCAGAAAGAUUUUGAAAUGAUGCGUCAGAAAGCUACCUGUGCCUUAUAAAGUUAAUACAGAAUAUGUUGCCAAAUUAUUUCCUAUGUGCAGUCGGAGACUGAUUAUUUAACAGCAACUAUAUAGUAUUAUGAAAUGUAUAUUUCAAAAUAAUAAAUAUAAUGCUCAAA